AUGGUACUCAAACUCUAUGGUAUGGCUCGAGCAACUUGCACUCAGCGAGUACUCACUGUACUCGCUGAGAAAGACAUCGAUUACGAGCUCAUCUCUGUGAAUAUCUUCCAGGGAGAGCAGAAGCAGCCUUCGUGGCUUGAGAAGCACCCUUUCGGAAAGGUCCCCUUGCUCGAUGAUGAUGGUUUUUUGAUUUAUGAGAGCAGAGCCAUAUGCAAAUAUCUUGCACGAAAGUACGCUGAUAAGGGUACGAAACUUAUUCCCGCCGACGGAGAUUUAAAAGCCUAUGGGCUAUUCGAACAAGCUUGCUCAUUGGAACAGUCUUACUUCGAUGUUGGUAGCUUUGGUGUCUGGUUUGAACAUGUCAUCAAGCAAGUGAAAGGAUUGGGCGCCACCAGCCCGGAAGCUGUUCAACAACAUCUCCAGGGACUCGAAAAGACUAUCGCUGCAUACGACCAAAUACUCUCGAAACAAAAGUAUCUCGCGGGAGAUGAGCUCACUUUGGCUGAUUUGUACCAUUUGCCACAUGGUACGCAGGCAUUGACAUGGGGACUCCAAGACAUACUUGGAAAGUAUCCUCACGUGAACAGGUGGUGGGAGGAACUUCAAGCUAGAGAAAGCUGGAAAGGAGUAGUUGCAGCCGCUGUUUAG